UUCUCAAGACAGGUUACAAAUGAAGACGGGAGCAUAUAUAGUACAGGACGAUCUCGGUUGAGUGAAUAUUCCCGUCGUUUUGGUUCCGUCGUGUUUACGAAAAAAAAAUGAUUUGACGGACAUAGACAAUACUACUACUACUACUACUUCUUAACAGACAGACGUGAAUAGUCGAUUUUGACUGAACGCCCAACAUACAAACAACAUCAACAACUUCUCUAAGUUGGCGAUCAUUACUACUACCUACUUCAUGUGUUCUCUUGAUCCUCCCGAAACAACAUCAUGGACACCUCCAGCGGAGAAACGAAGGAUCAACCAAGGUCUGGACAAUUGAAGGAUGCAGAUGGUCACCGGGAUGAAGUCAAGCGAGAGAACUGGGGCGGUCGUUUUGACUUCGCGGUAUCUACCCUUGGCUACGCCGUGGGGCUCUCCAAUAUAUGGCGCUUUCCCUACCUGUGCUACAAACACGGAGGAGGUGCAUUCCUGGUACCUUACUGCACACUGCUCCUCUUCGUGUGUAUACCCCUCAUCGUUCUGGAGUUUGCCCUUGGUCAGUACAGCUCUAGCAACUUUAACAAGGUGUGGCGAGCAUUACCAAUCAUGAGAGAUGCUGUCAUACUUGUUGGUAGGGGCUACUACAAUGUCAUAAUAACCUACUCCAUCUAUUACUGCUUCGCCUCCUUGACAUCUCAACUACCCUGGGUUGGAUGUGGUCACGAAUGGAACACGCUCUACUGCAGCAACCUCUACGACGACUGCCUCAAUCAAGACGGGAUUAUAAUUUCCAAUGGGAGCUGUGCCAAUGUGACUGUGCUGUCCGAUGAAGAACUUGCUGGGUACAAUAUCACGGUCUUUAACGACACUGUUUUGGAUUUAAGCAACUAUACGGAUCCUAUAAAGAAGAUGCGUGUACUUCCGAGUGAGGAAUACUGGACGAACAAGCUGUUACGGGAAUCAUCGAGCAUCGAGAAACCAGGCGGUGUUGUAUGGCAGCUCGCUCUCUGUAACCUCUUCGUCUGGAUCGUCGUCUUCCUCAUCAUCGCCAAAGGUAUCAAGACUUCUGGCAAGGUGGUGUACUUCACAGCACUGUUCCCGUAUGUCAUGAUGACAGCUCUGCUUAUACGUGCUGUAACACUGGACGGAUACCUGGAUGGAGUUCGCUACUUUGUGAAACCUACAUGGAGUAAGAUUGUACACCCACUGCCUUGGAAGGACGCAGCGCAGCAAGUGUUCUACUCAUCCGGGUCGGGAGGGGGCGCCCUUCUUACCAUGGCCUCGUUCAACAGGUUCCACAAUACGUUUGUCAGUGAUGCGUUGAUCAUGGCCAUUGGAAACAGUUUGACUAGCCUGUACUGCGGGUUUGCUAUCUUCGCUAUCUUAGGGUACAUGGCAAAGCAGAUUGGAGUUCCAGUACAAGAGGUCGUCAAAGGAGGGUUUGGUCUUGUAUUCGUGGUUUGUCCUGCAGCCUUAGCUAAGUUUCCUGGUGCACCCAUUUGGUCAGCUUUAUUUUUCUUCAUGAUUUUCUUAAUAGCAUUAGACAGUCAGUUUAUGUGCUGUGAGUCGAUGGUUACUGUCAUCAUGGAUGCCAUCCCGUGGUUAAGAAGAUGGCGUGUCUUUGUUUGUGCAUUCGUCUGCUUUGGUAUAUACAUCACAAGCUUCGCCUACGUCACGAAUGCUGGGCCGUACUGGGUUUCCCUCAUUGACAGCUACGCAUCAGGUUGGAUCUCCCUGAUUACAGGCAUUGCCAUACCGAUCUGCUUCACCUGGGUGUAUGGCUUUGACCGGCUCAAGAAUGACUUCAGGGCCAUGCUGGGAAACAAGACGGUUGACCACUGGACAUUCUAUUACUGGAAAGUAUCCUGGAUGGUCGUGUCACCUGGUAUACUCGUGGUCAUCCUGAUAUAUAACAUUAGUAAUUGGUCGCUACCAGAGUACAAUGGCCCAUUCCCUGCUUGGUGUCACGUGAUUGGUUGGUUGUUCAUAGCAGGUACGCUAGUCUUCAUCCCAGGUGUUUGGAUUUUCGACAUGCUGCAUUCUUCCGGAUCAUUUCGCGAGCGUUUUGGACGGCUUUGUCAAAUCGAUCCCAGCUGGGGCCCCUCCAAACCCGAGGACCGCCUGCUCGCCUACCGCAUCCACGAGGAGUAUGGGACCACAAUGGGCGGAGUACUCGAUGUCGAUGAUCAGGGGAUGAAAGAGAAAAAUGACAAUAUCGACUUCGAGUUAGAACCUUUCAAGACUGAUGCGAGCAGAAACCGCAAUCAUGUCAAUGGAAGCCACGAAGAUGUGCAGUAUGGUCGGUUAGAUCAAUAGUUGGUGUGCUCUUGACAAAGGCAUUGCCAGAUAUCUCUCUUCUCCCCAUUUCCCCCCCCCCCCCUUCCCCCUCUUUCUCUCUUUCUCGCUCUCUCUCUCUCUCUCAUUCGUCUUUUUACUCCCUGUCUCUCUGUCUCUCUCUCUUAUUCUUUCCCCCUUUCCCCCUCUCCAUUUGAUUUUGGAGUCGCGAUUAAAACGUGACUUUUAAUUUCCUACACCAUUUUUAGGAUUACCUAAGCAUUUUUAUACAUAUAUUUUCUAUUUGUAUUACAGAGCACUUGAAACUUUUUUUUAUUCACAAGGGUUCUAUAAAAUACAAGCCAUGCUUUUUAAUAGACUCCUCUAUGUUUUCACCACUAUACCAAUCUUAGAUUAUUUUUGUGAACAAUUGUAUAAUUAUUUAACGCAUCUUUUGUUUAAUAUUAUGUUCUUGAAUUUGUAUAUUUGAGUACCGAAGCUAUGACGUCAUAAAAAAAUUUCUUCUUUUUCCGAAAGAGCAUCAAAAAUAAUGUCCAAAUGUGGAAAACCAAUUGAAUAUGUAAAGUAUUGGCUGAGAUAUGAC